AUGGCCUCUGGUUCAUCUAAAUCAAGGGAAGGAGGAGAAGACAGCACCCACCACACCUUCCUGAAGCAUCAGCCAGAUCCCGGUCAUCUGGGCUGUGACCCCACCACCUGCGGAGUCAGCGCAACCCAAUCCCGGCCAGAACGAGGACGGCUCGGAGACGCCGAAGCAGUCGGCCACCGAAGCCAACUCAGGAAAGGGAAUUUCCAACCAAAACGGCAUUUGGAGCAUUUAGAGGAGAAGCUGAAGCUCUUGGGUCUGGAGGGAGGCGGGGAGGAGAAGGAACGUCUCUGCUCCUGGCGCAAGAGGACGGUCACCUUCAAGGGUGACGCGAAAGCAUCUGGUUCCAGCUGUGAUGGGCCAAAGGCUUGCGGAGGUCCUACAACAACCCACCUAGAGGAAUCUGCCCAGGAGGACAAGGAGCAAAUCUAUGGUGACCUGGAGAAGCUCAAGAAACAAAGGGAAGAGAUUUUGGAAUUGAAAAUAAGCGGAGAGAGGCGACGUCGGGACUAUUUGACGCAGACAGAGGUCGAGAGGCAGAAGAUCGUGUCCGAAUUCCGGCAGCUGCGCCCGGUUCUGAGAGAGCUCAUCCUCCUGGCUCGGCUGGGACAGCUGGAGAGAGAGAUGAUGAGGAGGCAGGAGGAAGAGGAGACCAAGAUGUUGGGGGAGAUUUCCCUCCUCGAUGUCUUGAUCUGCGAGAUGGAGAAGAUGCUGGAGCAACCCACGAGCGGGUUCCUGCAGGACGCCCGGAGCGCUGUGGACAGGUGGGAGAUGGGCAGCGCUCGGAGGAUGACGACGGCGGAGACCUUCUCGGACGUGGAGCGGAGGCUCCGUCUCGUUUCUCGGCAAAACGUCGUCCUCGGAGAGUCGCUGAGGAGGUUUCGAGACACUUUGCCAUCUGAGCUGGAGAAAGAGCACGGAGCAUCUCUGGGAGGAGAUGGAAAGGCAUUCUUCACUCUGGACCCUGACACCGCCAACGCCCAUCUUGUCCUGUCCCGGGACCGCCGUGGGGUGAGAUGGACGGACGUAGAGCAGGAUCUUCCCACCACCCCGCAACGCUUCGAUAUCUCCUGCUGCGUCCUGGGCUGCCGGGGCUUCACCAUGGGGAGACCUUGCUGGGAGGUGGAGGUGGCCGCUGGCAGGACCUGGGCGCUGGGGGUGGCCAGAUGUUCCGUGCCCAGGAAAGGUUGUGUUGAGUUCCGGCCGGAGAAGGGGAUCUGGGCCAUGGGGCGGUGCGGGAAUCGGUACCGCGUCUUCGCUUCCCCCAUCGCCACCUUCCCCACCGCCGGAGAGACGGGGAGGGUCCGGGUGGCUCUGGACUACGGCGGGGGGCGGGUGGCAUUUUCCCUCGCCGAGGGAGAACCCCCCAUCUUCACCUUCCAAAACGCCGCGUUCGGGGGCGAGAGGGUCUUCCCGUUCUUCUGG